AUGGAGAAACCCAGAUUCAUAAUAGAAGCAUCAGAUGUAAAAUCGAUGGGCCAAUCAACGGGCCUAGCCCUAACCCAACUACUUCCAACCAUCGUCAAAUCGGCCCAACCUUUAGCCCGUGUCCCCAUCUCCAAGUUCCACGUAGCAGCCGUCGGAGUCGGAAUCUCCGGCCGAAUCUUCAUCGGCGUCAACGUCGAAUUCCCAGGCCUUCCAUUUCAUCACACCAUCCACGCUGAACAGUUUCUCUUAACAAACCUCUUUCAUAACAAAGAAACACAGCUUCAAUAUCUCGCCGUCUCCGCCGCACCUUGCGGCCAUUGCCGUCAGUUCCUCCAAGAAAUCCGCGGCGCCUCCGAUAUUCCACUUCUCAUAACAUCUGAAUCUGAAUUCACCUCUCUUUCUAAAUUCCUCUCUCAUCCUUUCGGUCCUCACGAUCUUCUCCCCAAACACGUUCCUCUUCUCUUGGAGCCUCGUAAUAACAAUUUGUCGUUUCUCGAUACCGGAUCCAACGGUUAUAACAAUAACGAUAAUACUAAUCAAUCUUCGAUUUCGAAGUUGAAGGUUGCGGCUCUUGAAGCCGCGAAUGAAUCUCACGCGCCGUACAGUGAAUCACCUUCCGGCGUAGCUUUAUUAGAUUCGCGCGGUAAUGUUUAUAAAGGCUCUUAUAUGGAAUCUGCUGCUUAUAACCCUAGUUUGGGACCGGUACAGGCUGCUAUUGUAGGUUUUAUCGCCGGUGCCGGAGAUAAUGCGGCGGAGUAUGGUGAAUUAGUGGAAGCGGUGUUGGUUGAGAAAGACGAAGCGGUGGUGAAACAAGAAAGUACGGCGAGGUUGUUGCUAAGUUCAAUCGCACCUCAGUGCGGCUUCAACACGUUUCUUUGCAUUUCCAAUAAUAAAAAAAUCUAA